GUAUUGUUUUUACUGGUUUAUCCCUCUGGGCAGGUUUUUGCAGGCCAGACAAUUUUUGUUUUAAAUUUUGUUUUGUUCACUUGUUCCUUUUUAUUUCUGAUUUUGCUGCCUUCUAAUGAUCAACCCUUGUUAACAAUUUGAUGAUAAUGUUAACUUAUUAAUCACUUCACAGCAGGACUGAACAACAGAAAGAUGGGACUUCUGCUAAAAGAACCUGCCUGGUGUGAAGUUUGAAAAUGGCAUUCAUAAGUCAAUCGCAGUAUUGAGGUCUACGCUCAGAUACAAUGGCGGCAGUUGCAAAAUACGCAUAUGUCAGAUUCCUUGACGACAACGGUGUAUCCAGGAUUGUGUCCAUUCAGGAGGACAUCAAAAAAUUUAAGCUCCUGACCCACAAUCCCAGCAGAGUGUAUAUGGUUCGAUGGAUCCAGGCAAGCAUUGGCAAGUCAGAGGACUAUGACUCUGGGGAAUAUACGCGGAGCCCCAAUGAUCCAUACUGUAAAGCACAGAUCAUGUUGCUUGCAGAGUCCCCAGAAGAGAUCAGGGCAGAAAGAGCUAAGCAUGGGCUGCUGAAGUGUCCUACCUGGGAUAGCAAUGUGGAAUCAGAGAGCGCUGAUGAUGGGCCUGGCCCAAGCAGAGACACACAGGGGAAGAGGGCAUUGGAAGCCAUCAGUGUAACUAGGAAGGAUAAGAGAGCUCGGACAGAAAGUGCCUGGAGAAAACAUCUGCAGAGGCUAAUGGAUGGUUUCAAGACCGAGAUGCCCGACUGUGUUCUGGGGGGCGUAACAGAUUCCCUCUCUGUCUCGGGAGCGUUUGUGAAUGAAAUGGCCCCUCCACCUAGGAUGGUCGAACACGACUGGCAGGAAAGGAGACCAGGGCUCGUGCAGAUGGAGGCUGAGAACAAAGUCCUCAGGCAGAAGGUGGAAUCCAUAAACAGUGACCUUCAGGAGGCCACAAGAAUCAUCCGUCGUCUACAGGAGAGAAUGGACCAGCUGCAGGACCUUAACUGCCGACUCCAGGAGCAACUCCUAAGCCGCGCCCAGUCACGCCGACCUGCACUGUCCAGACGGGCCGUGGAUCUGACGAGACCAGUACCUCCCAGAUCAGUGCAGAUGAGUACGGAGCCUUCACCCACAUUCACUGGCUCACAUGGCGAGACCAACGCCUCUGCAGACAAUCUCUAUACUCCCAUUGAUGGAAUGGUACAACUUCAGGGUGGUCUGCAGAUUACAGAGCGCCAAUGGGAAAAUGUUCUGCGAUCGAAGACAAACUCGAUGUUUGUCAAGACCCUGGCUGCUGCUGUAUGGGGCUCAGACGUGCUCCGCAACAGGUCGAUCCAUGGCAGAGUGUGUGCCCGCUUCAUCAAUGCGGACACACCUCCUGUACCCAAACCUGCACUUUCUCCUGUUAAACUGAGUGCUGUUAAAGCUUGCUACGGCCACUACCUCAGAUCUAAGGGGAUGAAUACUGAAGGGGUCUGCAAGGAGCAAGCCCGGGUCCAUAGUUAUAUAUCGGAGAAGAUUAUGGACCUUAACAGAACAAGAAAAAGCAGCCAAGCACAACAGUCAGUGUCACAGUGAUGAGGAGGGAGGGAUUCUGCAUUUUUAUAAAUGUUUCUCCUUUUAAAAGUGUUGCCAUUUUCAUAGGGUGACGUACACUGUUAUGAUUUAGAUUUCCAAUAAAAUAGGUUUCAGAAUCUUCAA